UCCCAGGCAUGCAGAGCUGGUAUUCGACCCAGCGAGAAGUCAGGUGAGGAAACAUGUGACGAGAAACUUUCGUACUAGGUCAUGCUCAGGAACUUGGAUAACCACAGGGGUAACAUCGUGUUCCGCGGUGUACCCCGUCACAGUGAAGAAUUAUUCACGGCAAUAGAGUACGACGCGGAGACAAUGCCCAGGGGCAUCGAGGCAUAUGUGCUUGAGAACCCGGGCGAUGAGAUGGCGCUCAAGACCGGAGACGUGAUCCAACUGGGAUACAAGAUGACGGAGCCUACAUCUAAACAAGCCGUAGGGACUAGUUUCCCCAUCUUCGCCCGAGUAAGUUUGACGGUCACGGCGGAAAGUAGGCGCGACUCCAUCGAACCGGCCAGAAGAGAUUCUAUCCUGCUUAUCCAGCCGAACCUCUUUAUGUAGCUUCUCGUAUCGAUUGCCAUGUAGCCGCGCAACUUAUCAGAGGGAAAUCGCACAUUCAUCUUCUCCCUUUGGGCAACCGACUACGAGGCCAAUGACUGCGGCCGAAAACCGUAAACGCCAAUGACCUCGGCAGAUCACUUCCGAAAGCCACCGCGAGAUUGCUGUACCUUGCAGAACCUCUUUCUUGAUGAUAGAAACGAAAGGAAGGAAAUAGAAGACGGCAGAAAGGACUUCACGACAUCCCUUGCACCCAUUGGUACGAGGGGUACACUCGUGACAUUUAAUCGACGUUGAAAAGAACUCAGUGCUUUGAAGCACCCCGAGCGAUAGGACGCGUUAGUUUCGAUUGGCGGGUCUAACUUUACUUGAAGAUGGCACUCCGUAGGUCAGCGAGAUUCAC